AUGUCCAUUGAGAACGAGCCGAGGACCGAGAAUAGUGAUGAGCCGUCAGAGACAAUCCCGACCAUUCCCACACUUUCUCCAUCCGAAAUCCCACAAAGAAACAUAACCAUAUCAUACUACUGCGAUACGGAUGAUGAGAUGUUAAAUGUGCCCGAUCCGAGCGGCUCCAUCGAGGGCGAUCCGAUCGAGAUAGAAGCAUUUCGCUGCAUUGUAUGCAAGACGCUACCCUAUACAACGCUCUAUCAAUGCCAAUACCAGCACAUCAUCUGCGCGGGAUGCUAUCAGAUGCGCGUGCUAGACAAGAUGCUGGGCGCGCAGCUGGGCACCUGCCCGCAGUGCAAUGUGCGCAUCUAUCGGCAUGAGCCCUUUCGCAACCUGCGGGGCGAGCGUCGACUGGCUGAGGUGCUGGUGGCCUGCGAGGCUUGUGGAUUCAUUUUGCAGCGCUCUUUUCUGCGCAUCCACUGCCAGACGGAUUGUCCUCUGCGGCUGGUGGCGUGCAAGUACCGGCGCAUCGGCUGCAAAUGGAAGGGCGUGCUGGGCGAGGCAGCUGCCGAGCAUGAGCAGGAGUGCGAGUAUCGGAGCAAGCGGGGAGUGCAGCUGCUGGAGGAGCUGCAGCAGCUGCAAGCGGAGCGCGACUCCAAACAGUGUUUGUUGAGCAAGAUAAUGAAGCUGCUGCAAUUGCCGCAUAUCACGGUGCGGCUGCUCCAGCUGCUGCCACAGGGUGAGGGCUUUCCGCGCAACGAUUUCAAGACAUUCAGCUUCUUUGAGGCCUUCAGCCAGAGCUGGUCCAUCCAGCUCAACUGGCAGACGCCCGAUGACGUCGAGGAGCCGGCCGAUCAGCAGAACUGCACAUGCGGUCUGCUCUUUCAGCUCUGCCUCGAAUCACCGGACACCUGUCGCGGCGCCCUGGGCCUCACCUACACCCUGGCCAGUGGCACCUACUCGGAGGUGCGCUUCCAGCCGAAUCUGUGCGAAAAGUGUGACUUUACGCGGGAUAAUAUCUGCGGCCCCUUGACUCUGAUCUAUAAAAAUUCUUGGCUGAAUUGCGCAAAGCUGCUGAACGAUCGUGGCUUCUAUGCUCGUCUGCUAAUGGCUCGUAUAUAG